GCGCGGGCGCUGCCGUAAAGCGGGCGGCGGCGCGGGGGAGUCGUCCGCGGCGAGAGCUGCACGCGAGGCGGGCGCUGGCCGUCUGCUGCCGGGCCGCCAUGGCGGGGGCGCUGGCCCGCAAGGCCGCGGACUAUGUGCGCAGCAAGGAGUUCCGGGACUACCUGAUGAGCACGCACUUUUGGGGGCCAGUAGCCAAUUGGGGACUUCCUGUUGCUGCUAUUAAUGACAUGAAGAAAUCUCCAGAAAUCAUUAGUGGACGAAUGACAUUUGCACUGUGUUGUUACUCCUUGACUUUCAUGAGAUUUGCCUACAAAGUACAGCCAAGGAACUGGCUUCUCUUUGCAUGCCACUUGACAAAUGAAGUUGCACAACUUAUUCAAGGAGGGCGACUGAUCAAAUACAGGUUGGAGAAAAAGAACUAAAAAUCUAACUUGAACUAAGCCAAGGAAUAUGUUCAUCCUGAAUUACAACCAAGGAAGAUCUGCCAUCUACAGUUGCUGUAACAAUGACAGUGGGGAUAAAACAACACCUGUUGUGAAUGACCCCCAUCAGUAAUACUUCUAAUUUUUAUCUUGCUUUUUUAAGAAAGUACUAUACAGCAAUGGGAAACACUGCUUCUAAUGUUUUGUUGCCUUAUUUGUCCUUAAUAACUACCCUUCUAAGAGAGUUUGUUCAAAUAACCAGCACUACUUGAAAACCAAUUUAUUGUUAUGAAAGUAAAAUAGCUUGUGAUGGCUUCACAAACUUGUUUUCAAAUUUCUCUGAAUAGAGGUCAGUAAAACAGAACUGUAGGUGGUAUUGUUGUUCUAUACAUUAACAUAUUCUUAAAAGCCAUUUAACUUGGGUGCGUUCAUUCCUAGUCUCUUUUUUCUAAUUUAAGCAGUGGCUUGCUAAUCUACAAGAACAAAUGUGUGGACAAGCAGCCUGGAAGCAGCCAGCUUUCCCUCUUCCCUUACUGCAUGCCUUGUCUCAAUAAAGAGACUUAAGAGUAACAUAAUUAAGUCGCACAUUACUUAAUGAAGAUGGUGAAAAGCAAAAGCAUUGCACUGAAUGAAGGAAGGCAACAAAGUGUGAUACUCUUCUUCAGGAAAUUCUAAUUUUUUUUCCUACUGCUUGAGUUGUUCUAGAUGUAUGUAAUCUUUAUUCAAGCAAAAACUUAACUUGUUUGGAGUCUGGGAUGUGGAGGACACAAGGUGCCUUUCAUUAGUUUUUUGAUGUUAUUGGGAAAGUGAUUUUCAUGCAUGACCUGCCUGAAAGUUACAUUGUUGUUUUAAAAAAAAAAUGUAGGUGACAAAGAAUGUAAGUGAUGGAUUUUAUUUAGGUGCAGUGUUUUGAACAAUAAAACAUAUUCCAAAUGGCAAUAAACCAUCUCAAAAAUGUUGAAAAGUUCUGUUGAUUGUACUGUGAUACUAGAUCCUAAAGUGGUAUUUUAGGAGGGAGAGUCAAUGUUACUACAAUGGUGUGGAGCAAAAACAGACUAGAAAAAUAAAUUGCAUUACUCUUUUCAUGUAGUGAGUCAAGGCAAAUAUCCUCUGGAUCCUAUUGCCUAAAACUUCCUUUUUCCUUAGGAGAAGGGAGGUGAGGAUUUGACGGAGUAUUCCAGCUACAGUAGACAGGGUUGAAUUUGUACUAAGCAACAUGUUGUCUUCUGGUUACCUAUACUGUAAUAGCCCUCAUUUCUUCAUCAUUGAGGAGAAAUGUUACUCUUCUAAAUAAGAGUAGUGAGAUAAAUUCAGGCAAGGAUAACUGGUUGUCUUAACACUUAAUAGUCUGCAUAAACUUGUGUCUGAAAGUAAUUUCCCUCUCCCUAAGCAACUGAAGUUCAUAGGUGAGAUAUAGUGGUUUUGGCUCUUGGGUGAAGUUUGCAAUAAAGUUUAGAAAAAAG